GUCAUCUGGCAUCUCCCCUUCCACCUCCGCCUCCUCUUCCACUUCCACCAAACCCGAAAGCGACGCCGGCGCAACAGCGAGCGAACUUCCUCUCGCCACCCGGCCUGGGCUGCCCCCUCCCUCGCCCAACGACAGCGACGGCCGGUCGCGUCGAAUGACCUGAGCGCCCCCCCUUUUUUCCUCCCCUUUCCCCCGUCCCAUCCCUCUCCGUCCUUAUGACCUCCUCGUCCCCCGCCCCAAACCCUAACCCCGUCCCCACCCCCACCCCCACUCCGCCCCCAAACCCCACUCCCCCCAGCAGCGCCAACGGGGCCGCCGCCUCGCCACCGCCCAAGGAGAACCAGGACGGGGCCGCUGCGGGAGGAGGAGGAGCAGGCGGUGCCGGAGCGGGGGCGGAUGCUGUGGCUGGCGCCGGCACCGAGGCGGUGGAUGCUGCCGUAGGAGGAGGAGGAGGAGGAGGCGAGGCGAUGGAGGUUGAUGGCGGCGCAGGGGCAGGAGGUGGAGCUGGGGAUGUCGAGGUCGGUGCCGGUGGAGUGGCGGGACGAGCGCAGCAGGCGUCGACGCCCGCGACCGUCUUCCGGAUCCGCCUCAAGCAGACCCCCGCCAGCCUCCGCCACAAGAUGCGCGUGCCUGAGCUGUGCCGCAACUUCAGUGCGGUUGCUUGGUGUGGGAAGCUGAAUGCAAUUGCAUGUGCAUCGGAAACUUGUGCCCGCAUUCCGAGCUCUAAUUCAAGUCCACCAUUCUGGAUUCCUAUACACAUACUCAAUCCAGAGAGACCGACAGAAUGUUCUGUUUUCAAUGUGAGAGCAGAUUCUCCGCGUGAUUUUGUUCAGUUCAUUGAAUGGUCUCCUCCGUCAUGCCCUCGUUCACUUCUAGUGGCAAAUUUUCAUGGGAGGAUUACUAUAUGGACACAGCCAACUAAGGGUCCUGUUAAUCUUGUACGUGAUUCCAGUUCCUGGCAGUGUGAACAUGAAUGGCGUCAAGAUCUUUCUGUGGUUACUAAGUGGUUGUCUGGAAUUUCUCCGUAUAGAUGGCUUCCUGCAAACUCCAGUAGUUCUUCAAACUUAAAAACCUUCGAGGAAAAAUUCCUUACACAACACCCUCAGAGUUCAGCAGGAUGGCCAAAUAUUCUAUGUGUUUGUUCUGUAUUUUCGUCUGGGUCUGUUCAGCUUCAUUGGUCACAGUGGCCUUCUCAAAACUCAGCCCAACCUAGAUGGUUUUCUACUAGCAAAGGGCUGCUUGGAGCAGGGCCCAGCGGUAUAAUGGCUGCUGAUGCGAUUAUUACAAAGUCUGGAGCUCUGCAUGUUGCUGGUGUUCCCCUUGUUAAUCCAUCUACAGUAGUGGUUUGGGAAGUGAUGCCAGGUCUUGGCAAUGGCAUUCAGACAACUGCAAAGAUAAAUGCAACAAGUCCUCUUCCUCCAUCUUUGAAUCCCCCUUCCUGGGCUGGUUUUGCUCCAUUAGCAUCUUAUCUCUUCUCUUUGCAAGAUUACCUUGUUUCUGAGGGUGCACAAACAAGAAAACAGAUAGACAAUGAGAUUACUGAUGCUGCAUCGAUCCAUUGUUGUCCGGUUUCCAACUUUUCAGCUUACGUCAGUCCUGAAGCUGCUGCCCAGUCAGCCACUACUACAACAUGGGGAUCUGGGGUCACUUCAGUUGCUUUUGAUCCCACUCGGGGAGGAGGAGUAAUUACAGUUGUAAUAGUUGAAGGGCAGUAUAUGUCUCCUUAUGAUCCCGACGAAGGACCUUCCAUUACUGGAUGGAGAGUCCAAUGCUGGGAAUCUUCGCUUGAACCUGUUGUUCUUCACCCAAUAUUUGGAAGCCCAUCUAGCUUUGGUGGGCAGCCUCCUAUGCAAACUGUUUGGUCCACUAGAGUUAACAAAAGCAUUCCACCAACAGAGGACCUUAAAAAUCCUCAAACAUAUGUUCCAAUGCCAACAACUUCAGAUGAGCGGAGCUCUUCUGAGUGCAGUGUUGACAGGGCAAAUAGACUUAGUUUUGACCCUUACGAUCUUCCGAAUGAUGUUAGACAACUGGCCCAAGUAGUUUAUAGUGCUCAUGGUGGUGAGGUUGCUGUUGCCUUCCUGCGUGGUGGAGUGCACAUUUUCUCAGGUCCAAAUUUUGAUCAGGUUGACAGCUAUCAUGUCAAUGUUGGCUCAUCAAUUGCUCCACCAGCCUUCUCCUCCAGCAGUUGUUGCCUUGCAUCAGUAUGGCACGACACAUUCAAAGAUCGAACCAUACUGAAGAUAAUACGUGUGCUUCCUCCUGCAAUUCUUAAUGUUCAGACGAAGGUCAGCUCAGCUGUAUGGGAACGGGCAAUAGCAGAUAGAUUUUGGUGGAGUUUAAUGGCUGGUGUGGAUUGGUGGGAUGCUGUUGGUUGCACACAGAGUGCUGCUGAAGAUGGUAUUGUUUCACUUAACAGCGUGAUAGCUUUGCUGGAUACGGACUUCCAUUGUCUGCCAACUAUGCAACAGAGGCAGCAGCACUGUCCUAACCUCGAUAGGAUAAAGUGUCGGUUGUUGGAAGGAACUAAUGCUCAAGAUGUCAGAGCACUUGUGUUGGACAUGCAAGCAAGAUUGCUUCUUGAUAUGCUAGGCAAGGGAAUAGAGUCUGCCCUGAUAAAUCCAUCGACUCUGCUACCUGAACCCUGGCAAGCUUCUAGUGAUAUGCUGUCUAACAUAGAGCCUGACAAAAUGACGGUAGACCCAGCUCUACUUCCAAGCAUCCAGGGUUAUGUUGACGCUGUUCUAGAUUUAGCAUCACACUUCAUCACACGCUUGCGACGUUAUGCAAGCUUCUGCCGGACUUUAGCCAGUCAUGCUGUAGGAGCAUCUUCAGGUUCAGGCAGUUCUAGGAGUAUGGUUACUAGUCCGACCAACAGUUCUCCAUCACCGUCAAAUAAUCAAGGUACUCAGGGUGGAGUAGCAUCUUCAACAGGGAGCUCACAAAUGCAGGAGUGGGUCCAAGGUGCCAUAGCUAAGAUUAGCAACAGUGCUGACGUUUCUGCAAAUGCAGCGCCAAAUCCAGUUAGUGGAAGGUCAUCAUUUAUGCCAAUCAGCAUCAACACAGGGACAUUUCCUGGGACACCUGCUGUUAGACUUAUUGGUGACUGCCAUUUCCUUCAUAGACUAUGUCAGCUGUUACUAUUUUGUUUGCUUUUCCGGAGAAGGCAAUCACCAAGGUUACUCGCAAAUGCACAAAAAAACCCUGAUUCUGCCAUGCAGAAAGUACAACACUUUAUGAAUGGUAAGAUGGAGGAUACUAGUUCUGCUGCUUCUGCAGUAAGAUCUGGCCUAGGGGCUGCCAAAGUGGAAGAUGGUCCAGCUACGCGUGGACAGUUGGUUCUUGGAGCAAAGGGUCUUGAAGAAAAUCCAAUGGGCAAAUCUGUUAGAAUUGGUUCUGGCAAUGCUGGCCAAGGUUAUACAUCGGAUGAGGUGAAGGUCCUUUUCCUCAUAUUGGUUGACCUUUGUCGACGGACAUCAGGUUUGCAGCAUCCAUUGCCUGUUUCUCAGGUUGGUUCCAGCAACAUUAUUAUAAGGUUGCACUUCAUCGAUGGCACUUACACUGUGCUCCCUGAGGUAGUGGAAGCAUCUCUUGGUCCCCAUAUGCAGUUGUUGCAGAAUAUGCCGCGUCCGCGAGGAGCUGAUGCUGCCGGUCUUCUACUUCGAGAAUUAGAAUUGCAGCCUCCCUCUGAAGAAUGGCAUAGGCGCAACAUGUUUGGAGGGCCCUGGUCAGAACCAGAUGAUCUUGGUCCAUUGGAUAAUAUGCCGCAACUAAAAAUCGGUGCUUGUAUCAACCCUCAUCUAUCCAACAUGGAAGAGGAUGGUGACAGCAACGAAGGGAUUCAAAGUCUCUGGCCAAAAAAGCGCCGAUUGUCUGAAAGAGACGCAGCAUUUGGUUUGAAAACAUCUGUAGGUCUUGGAGCUUAUCUAGGAGUGAUGGGGUCCAGACGAGAUGUUAUCACAGCAGUAUGGAAAACAGGCCUUGAUGGUGAAUGGUAUAAGUGUAUCCGGUGUUUGCGACAAACUUGUGCAUUUGCACAGCCUGGUGUUCCGAACCCUGCAAACGAACGCGAGUCAUGGUGGAUCAGCCGGUGGACCCAUGCUUGUCCAAUGUGCGGUGGGUCAUGGGUGAAAGUUGUAUGAGUGCUGUACCCUUGGUGACGCUAUGGCAGAUACUUUUCCUGCGCUAGCUUUCCUGGCCAAAUCGGAACCAGCAUCCCGUGUUAGAAAAUUUUGUACCUGACAUUAAAUACGGGUCUCAGGCCCUAGUCGCUGAAUGCCGUGGUUCACCUGCAGUCUACAGAGAUCAAAGGGCGAAAGCAGAUAUACGCACUUUACCUCUAACCGCUGUGUAAAAUAUGGUAGAGUAAGCUUGAACAACUAACUGUAAGAUUGGAAUGUUCGUUCUGUGCGUUUGUUAUGUGUAUAAAUAUGUCGUCAUGUUGGAAGGAAGCUGUGAUCCGUUUUGCAUACUGCUGGAUGUAACCAAAUUGCUAGUGAAGAUUUCCCCUGAUCCCUAUGAGAAUUCAUCUGUUUCUGCAGUAAA